AUGACGUCAAUAAAACCGUUCAAAAUGGAGGAUCUCUUCGAGAUCAGUUCAGUGAAUUUGGAUCCGUUCACAGAAAAUUUCAAUCUUCUGUUUUACUCGCAGUACGUCUGUGAAUGGCCCCAACUUUUCUUCAAGUCUGUAGAGCCUGCCAGCCACGGCCACGAGAUCAGUGGCUACAUGAUGGGCAAGACAGAAGGUCAACUAAGCAAAAAAGAAUGGCAUACACAUAUUACUGCCGUCACCGUUAGCAGAGAUUACCGGAGAAUUGGGUUGGCAUCUGAUUUGUGCAGACAUCUCGAGAGAAUCACUGCUGUGAAGCCAUACGAGGCUCUCUUCGUAGAUCUAUUUGUUAAAGUCACCAAUAGCACAGCCCGCCAGUUGUAUGAGAAGUUGGGGUAUUCAGUAUACAGAAGAGUCAUUGGCUACUACGGGUCGGUGUACCCUGAAGAUCGAAAUAAGGUGGAUGACGAGAUCGAUGCAUUCGACAUGAGAAAGGCACUUCCGAUGGAUGUCAAGAAUGAGACAGUACGUGAAAAUGGCGACAAGGUAUAUGUUUUACCACAGGAGAUAGCAUUUUGA